UUUCUCUUCUCCGACUCUCCCCUUCCCCUCCAUCUCUCUCUCUCUCUCCAUCUCCAUCUCCAUCUUUACUCUACCCUUCCUCGUUCCACCCCCCAUCUUCACUCUCCCCAUCUAUUCCUCCUUCAUAUCUGUCCACCAUGGCAGCUAGAUCCAUCCCCCGCGCGUUCCUGCGCUCGGCUCGCCCGGCCAUCCCCACGGCUCGCCUCGCCCUUCCCCACGGUCUCCGCGCGGUCUCUCGUCGUGGUUAUGCCUCCUCCGGUCCCGAACAGGGCAAAUCCUCCAACGCCCUGCUCUGGACCGGUGUCGCCGGUCUCGCCCUCGGCGGUGGUGCCUUCUACUUCCUCCGCGACACCACCGACCCCAUCACCUCCGCCACCUUCCAGCCUCAACUCGCCGACUAUCAGAAGGUGUACGAUGCCGUGGCCGCUCGUCUGGCCUCCGAGACUGAUUACGAUGAUGGGAGCUAUGGUCCGGUCCUCGUCCGACUGGCCUGGCACGCCAGCGGCACCUAUGACAAGGAGACCGGCACCGGCGGCAGCAACGGCGCCACCAUGAGAUUCGCGCCUGAAUCCGACCACGGCGCCAACGCCGGCCUCAAGUACGCCCGCGACUUCCUCGAGCCCAUCAAGGCCCAAUUCCCCUGGAUCAGCUACUCCGACCUGUGGACGCUGGCCGGCGCCUGCGCCGUGCAGGAGCUGGGCGGGCCCGCCAUCCCGUGGCGCCCGGGCCGCCAGGACAAGGACGUCGCCGGGUGCACCCCCGACGGGCGUCUGCCCGACGGCGCCAAGGAGCAGAAGCACGUCCGCAGCGUCUUCGACCGCAUGGGCUUCACGGACCAGGAGACGGUCGCGCUGAUCGGGGCGCACUCGCUGGGCCGCGCGCACGCCGACCGCUCCGGCUUCGACGGGCCGUGGGACUUCAGCCCGACGGUCUUCACGAACGAGUUCUUCCGCCUGCUCUCCGAGGAGAAGUGGCAGCAGAAGAAGUGGAACGGACCCAAGCAGUUCACGGACAAGUCGACGCAGUCGCUGAUGAUGCUGCCGGCUGAUCUGGCGCUCGUCAACGACAAGACGUUCAAGAAGUACGUCGAGAUCUACGCCAACGACAGCGAUACUUUCUUCCGGGAUUUCUCCAAUGCGUUUGUCAAGUUGCUGGAGCUGGGUGUGCCGUUUACCACCAAGGCGGAUGAUCGCAUUGUGUUCAAGACGUCGGAAUAGUUUGGUUGAUUGGCUUUGAUAUCCUGAUUAGAUGAGAUUGAAUAAAUGUAGAUGUAC